AUGGUGCCGGGCCCUUCGGAGGACAAGCGGCCCCGCGGCCAGUGGGUUUGGGGCCCACCGCAGGAGCUCGGCUCGGACUGCGACGAGCUCCUCAAGCUCAAGGCGGCAGUGCAGGCCAAGAAGGAGGCGCAGGCAGCUGCUGCUGGCGCGGGUGCCCCGCAGAAGGCGCCACUCCUUGAGGAGGAAGUGCGGGCCAAAGGCGUGGCUUGCAGGAGGGCGCUGGCAUGGCUUGAGACCUGCUCGGCCCGCGCUCUUGAGGGCCAGCAGUGGCUCGCCGACGCCCAGGCCGCAGAGGACGAGGCGGCCGCCAGCGCCCAUGCGGCGCAGCAGGACUGGGAGGCGGCCUGCGCCAAGCAGGUCAAGGCCUCGGCGCCGCCGUCAGCGGCGCCACCUUCUUCUUCGGCGAUCAACCUUUCGACGCUCGUCGACGAGGGCUCGCUACAGAUCGUGGACGGGCCGCUGUUUGAUCUCUCGGGCCUGGAGCUCGACGAGCAGGCACGCGUGGACUGGGAGCGCAUCAAGCAGGAGCUGGCCGACAGCGUCCAGACCAAGGUCCAGGAAGUCCUUGGUCCCUCGGCGCAGCGCAUCCUGGAGCUUCGUGAGGAGGCUCGCAAGCUGCGCGCCAGGGAGGAGGCCAAGCGCAGGCGCGUGGACGGCAGCGACGCGGCUGGCUCUGCUGCUGGCCCCGCUGCUACUGCUGCUACUGACGGGGCUGGGCCUGCUGGCGCCGCUGCGGCAACAGGCGCUCCAGCUGGGGCCGAGGCCAUGCGCGCUGCUGCCAGGGCCAAGGCCAAGUCGGCCCAGGAGGAGCUCUACGCUCAGCAGGAGGCUGCUUCCUCCACCGCAGAGGCCGCCCCUGGAGCGUGCUUUUGGAAGCGAUUCAACUACAGCACCGUUGGUGGUGAGCAGUUCGCCGACCGCGGCUCAAGGCUCGGCGGCACGUGCACCGCAGGCAAGACGUUCAUCGCGUUCUGCGUCGCGCGGAGCUACGCCAUCUCCGAGUGUGAGGAUUUCGGCCACUCGUACUUCUUCGGGUGCAUCGGGUCAAGCCUCGCU